AUGCAAUCACAUAAAAUAAAAAUUGCAGAACUUUCUAAAUCAAUAUAUAUAUCAAAGCAAAAAGGUUGCGUUGAUACUCUCGAACAUUUGGAAACAAAAACAAACUUAGUAAAUCUGAUUAGUGAUUUUAAUGAAGAUGGGAUUGUUCUGGAUACCGUACCACUUGAGUAUUUCAGACGAUAUAAUAAAGCAUUGACUUAUUCCGAUGAAUUGCGUAUAGAAGAUUUAGAGAAACACAUGCCAAAUAUAUUCCAUAUAACAAAAAUUGGUUCAGGAUCAAUAAUCCUCAAGGUUCAACCUAAUGUGCGCUGCAUGUUGAGAAUGGAGGAGCAUAGUAAUCAAGAGCGCAUGGAACAACAUCAUCAUUCUUCUCACUUUCCUUCAUUAUAUGACCGAGGAAAAGAUUAUUAUCAGAGACUUUAUACAAGUAAUCAUCAUGAUAAGUGGGAAGAGAUAGGUUAUAAUAAAGGUUUAAAGGUCAAUGAUUAUUGGAAAAAGAACACCAACGGUCCACCAUGGACAAAUCCUUAUGGCAGUUUGCCACCAAGUUUUCUGAACGAGAGACAUCAAGAUGAAAAAUCAUCAUGGACAAAUCCUUAUGGCAAUUUACCACAAAGUUUCCAGAACGAGAGACAUCAAGAUGAAAAUUAUCGAAAUAAAUAUAAAUAUUCACCUGAACAACCGCUAGGAUACCUUUACAGAGAUUUAUCACCUAGUGAACAUUAUUUGCGAAAUAGUGGUCACCAUUACAUCCAAUACUAUAAUCAACUCUAUAAGGAAGAAUCAAGUUUUAAAAGACAGAAAAGUGUAGGCUACGAAGAGAGAUCUUGCCCUAAUCAAUUUGGAGAUUAUUUUGGUGCUUCUUGGACAAAUAACCAACACCAUCGUUAUUAUCAACAGUCGCUAUCCCAGAAACAUUUAAAUUCAUAUGGUAUUUCUCUACCUUCAUCAAAAACCCCGAUCUCUGCCGAUAACCACAAGGUCAUGAAAUGCUUCGAACAAAAUGAUUCUAUUCCUAGCAGAGACAAAAAUAGUGAUAAUAGUGUAAAAAUGGUUGACACGUUAAAAAAGGCCAAGCCUGUUAAAACAGCAGAAUCUGUAAAGAAAAACUACUUGGAAGAAAAGGUAGAACUUACAGCAAAAGUAAAACAGACAAAUUUAAAAAUGCAAAUUAAUAAUAGACCACGAGAGAGUGGAUUCGAAAAGUAUCGCGAAUUGGUGAAGGACCACCACAAAGUACCAUUUUUUAUUAUACGGGAUGACGCACCUAAUCUCUCAGAAAUUCAAAGAGUUACGUUAGAAUUACUCUUUUUGUGA